GCCAGAUAGUCGGCACCUAGGGGAGAAAGUUUUGCGGACGGGCGUGAGCAAGAACCGGGAAUGCAGGAUGGCGGCGGCGCGGAAGGAAGGGCUUGCAGCGAGUGAAGCCAUGUCCCUGGAGGGAGAUGAGUGGGAGCUGAGUAAAGAAAACGUACAACCCUUACGUCAUGGGCGGAUCAUGUCCACGCUUCAAGGGGCUUUGGCACAACAGGAAUCAGCCUGUAACACUACUCUUCAGCAGCAGAAAAGGGCUUUUGAAUCUGAAAUUCGAUUUUACUCUGGAAAUGACCCCCUGGAUGUUUGGGACAGGUAUAUUAACUGGACAGAGCAGAACUAUCCUCAAGGGGGGAAGGAAAGUAACAUGGCAACGUUACUAGAGCGCGCUGUAGAAGCCCUACAGGGAGAGAAGCGCUAUUAUAGUGAUCCCCGCUUCCUCAGUCUCUGGCUCAAAUUGGGGCAUCUGUGCAAUGAGCCUUUGGAUUUGUACAGCUAUUUACACAGCCAGGGGAUUGGCGUUUCCCUUGCCCAGUUCUACAUUUCAUGGGCUGAAGAAUACGAAGCUAGAGAAAACUUCAAGAGAGCAGACGCAGUGUUCCAGGAAGGGAUUGAACGCAAGGCAGAGCCCCUGGAAAGACUGCAGUCCCAGCACAGACAAUUCCAGGCUCGAGCAUCUCGACAAGCUCUCUUGGCACUUGAGAAUGAGGAGGAGGAGGUCUUGGGGUCUUCUGUACCACAGAGAAGCACACUAGCUGAACUGAAGAGCAGAGGGAAAAAGAUGGCCAAAGCACCCAUCAACCGCGUCGGAGGUGCCCUGAAGGCUUCGGGUCAGAGCAGAGGAUUCCAGAAUGCAGCUCCUCAGCAGACACACAGUAACCGUAGGAUCACUGUUUUUGAUGAAAAUGCUGAUAGCACUUCUAGGGCAGAGUUACCUAAGCCUGUGGUCCAGCCAUGGAUGGCACCCCCUGUCCCUAGGGACAAAGAGAAUGAGCUACAACCAGGCCCGUGGAACACAGACAGACCCUUGGAAUAUAGGUCUCAUGGCGGUAAUUCCGUCCCUGUAACAGCUGUGCCCGCUUCGCUUCCCAGCUUUACGCCCUAUGUGGAAGAGAGCGCUCAACAGUCAGUCAUGACACCCUGUAAAAUUGAACCUAGUAUCAACCACGUUCUCAGCACCAGAAAGCCAGGAAAGGAAGAAGGAGACCCCCUGCAGAGGGUGCAGAGUCAUCAGCAAGGGUCCGAGGAGAGGAAGGAGAGGAUGAUGUACUGUAAGGAGAAGAUUUAUGCUGGAGUCGGGGAGUUCUCCUUCGAGGAGAUCCGAGCUGAAGUGUUCCGGAAGAAGCUGAAAGAGCAAAGGGAAGCUGAAUUGCUGACCAGUGCAAAGAAGAGGGAAGAAAUGCAGAAGCAGAUUGAGGAGAUGGAGAGAAAGCUGAAGGAAAUCCAGACUGUCCAGCAAGAAAGAACUGGCGACCAGCAAGAAGAGAAGGGGCCUACAGAGGAAACAGCCAGACUGCAGAUUGCUUCAGAGUCUCAGGAAAUGCUGGGAACAUCUCUGUCCCGUUCUGUCUGCCCACUAAGCUCAAAUCCCAGGGAAACUUUACCAACUAAAAACAUUUUGCAAGAACAGCCUGACUCUAAAGGUCCCAGCAUGCCUUUCUCAAUUUUUGAUGAGUUUCUUUCAGACGAAAAGGACAAAAGUCCUGCAGAUUCUCCACAGGGUCUCAGAGCCCAGCGAAGACCCCUUGCAGUUCUCAAAACUACAGAAAUCAUUGCCUCAAAUGAGGACAUGUCUCCUGAUGUUUGUGAUGAACUUACAGGAAUUGAUCCUUUGAAUGAGGAUGCCACCAUCCCAAGUUUCAGGAAUGUAACCAUUUGUCCUAACCCUGAGGACACUUGUUACUUUGCUAGAGGGCCUCGUUUUGCAUCUACCCCUUUCCAUGAGAUACCGUCCUUGCAGAGCAUCCCUUCCGAUCCUGAGAGACUAUUGCAGGAAGAGGAUCUAGAUGGGAAGACCACUGAGGGCCAUCACAUUGCGCUGGCCACUAUUUAUAACCAGACCCUCAGCGUCAAGAAACUGAGCCCAAUUAUUGAAGACAGCCGUGAAGCCACACACUCAUCCGGCUUCUCUGGAUCCUCUGCUUCAGUUACCAGUACCUCCUCCAUCAAAGGCCUUCAGCUUCCUGAGAAGCUGGAGCUAACUAAUGACGCCACAGAAAAUGCUAGUCAGUCACCCUGGUGUUCACAGUAUCGACUACAACUACUAAAGGCCCUCCCAGAGUCAAGUGCUUUUGCAGAGUUUUCUAUGGAAGAUAGACCAUUGCCUACCCUGGAAACGGGGAAGGAAAUUGAAUUAGGUAACGAAGACUACUGCAUUAAACAGGAAUACCUAAUAUGUGACGAUUACAAGUUAUUCUGGGUGGCACCAAGAAACUCAGCAGAGUUAACCAUGAUCAAGGCAUCUUUUCAACCUGUCCCAUGGGAUUUGUAUAUCACCCUCAAGUUAAAGGAGCGUCUAAAGGAGGACCGUGACCAGCUUUGCAGCUAUUUUCAGUACCAAGAUGGCCAUAUCGUUUGGUUCCAGUAUAUAAAGUGUUCCACCCUUCAGGAUCUUCUCCAACACAGUGAGUUUGUGACUCAUGAAAUAAUAGUCCUGAUUAUUUAUAACCUCUUGACAAUAGUGGAGAAGCUCCACAAGGCUGAAAUAGUUCAUGGAGACUUGAGUCCAAGGAGUCUGAUUCUAAGAAACAGAAUCCACGAUCCCUACGAUUGCAAUAAGAAUGAUCAUGCUGUGAAGAUCGUGGACUUUUCCUACAGUGUUGACCUGAGGAUGCAACUGGAUGCUUUUUCCCUCAGUGGCUUUCCUACUGUACAGACCCUAGAAGGACAAAAGAUCCUGGAGAACUGUACUCCCUACCAGGUAGAUCUAUUGGGUAUAGCAGACCUAGCACACUUACUGUUGUUCAAGGAACACCUACAUGUCUUCCAAGAUGGACUCCUCUGGAAACUUAGCCAGAGUACUUCAGAGCUAAAGGAUGGUGACUUAUGGAAUCAAUUCUUUGUGCGGAUUCUGAAUGCCCGUGAAGAGUCCACAGUGUCUGUUCUGAGGGAACUUGCAGCAGAAAUGAAUGGGGUUUUUGACACCACGUUCCACAGUCAACUGGACAAAGCCUUGUGGAAGGUGGGGAAGGUAAUUAGUCCUGGAGCCUUGCUCCUUCAGCAAGACCGGCAGUCAAGCCUCUCCCAGAGCCCUGCCUGAGCUGUGCUGUAGUUGC